AUGUUGGCGUUCCUGUUCCUCGUAUCGGUGGCCCUCGUGUCCGCUCACCACGCCGGUGAGCACUUUGAAGGUGAGAAGGUGUUUCGUGUCAACGUUGAAGAUGAAAGUCACAUCACCUUAAUGCAGGAGCUGGCCAGCACCAACCAGAUUGACUUCUGGAAACCAGACUCUGUCACACAAAUCAGACCUCACAGUACAGUUGACUUCCGUGUCAAAGCAGAAGAUAUUGUCACCGUGGAAGAUUUUCUGGAGCAGAAUGAAUUACAAUAUGAAGUUCUGAUCAACAACCUCAGAUCCGUGCUGGAGGGUCAGUUCGAUAGCCAGGUUCGCGCAACCGGACACAGUUAUGAGAAAUACAACAGCUGGGAAACGAUAGAGGCUUGGACCCAACAAGUGGCCGCUGAUAAUCCAGACCUCAUCUCACGCAGUGUCAUUGGAACGACAUUUGAAGGGCGAAAUAUGUACCUCCUGAAGGUUGGCAAAGCUGGCUCAAACAAACCUGCCAUUUUCAUGGACUGUGGCUUCCACGCCAGGGAAUGGAUUUCCCCCGCAUUUUGCCAGUGGUUUGUCAGAGAGGCUGUCCGCACCUAUGGCCGUGAGAUCCAUAUGACUGCCCUUCUUGAGGAGCUUGACUUUUAUGUCCUGCCUGUGGUCAAUAUCGAUGGCUAUGUCUACACCUGGACCAAGAACCGAAUGUGGAGAAAAACACGCUCCACGAACUCCGGAAGUUCCUGCAUCGGCACUGACCCCAACAGAAAUUUUGAUGCUGGUUGGUGCAAAAUCGGGGCUUCUAAAAACCCUUGUGAUGAGACUUACUGUGGAUCAGCUGCAGAGUCUGAAAAGGAGACCAAGGCCCUGGCUAAUUUCAUCCGCAGCAAGCUCUCUGCCAUCAAGGCCUACCUGACAAUCCACUCCUACUCUCAGAUGAUGCUCUACCCCUACUCCUACGAUUACAAACUCACGGAGAACAACGUUGAGUUGAAUGCCUUGGCUAAAGCCACGAUUAAAGAGCUUGCCACCCUGCACAACACCAAGUACACCUAUGGCCCAGGAGCUACGACAAUCUAUCCUGCUGCUGGGGGCUCUGACGACUGGGCUUAUGACCAAGGAAUCAAAUAUUCCUUCACCUUUGAACUCCGGGAUAAAGGCAGAUACGGCUUUGCCCUCCCAGAAUCUCAGAUCCGAGCCACCUGUGAGGAAACAAUGCUGGCCAUCAAGCACGUGGCCAGCUAUGUUGUGGAGCACAUGUACUAG